AAAUGAUAAGAGUCGAUGGUUAAUAAACCUUGAGUGCGCGGUAACCCACUUCGCCAAGAUAAAGCUGGCAAGAUAGCGUUAUCGAUAGGUAGAAUUUUCUCCUAUCGAAAGAUAACCCGACUGUCCUAUCUGAUAAAUGUGCAUGCCUAUGGUAUUCAGGAAGCUUUAGUGAGGCUGCAGAUGUGUGGAAAGGUGCCCACGGAGUAAAAGGUCUUCAGCAAGACACAAAUGGAAGCAGCGCGCUGUUUUUCGUUCCUCACAAGUACAUGGAAGUGUUGUUUGUUGCCACAGAGGGACACAGUCUCACAAGAUUUAUUAGUUUGUCUUUACACAACCAGCUGCAAGAGGCAAUUGAAGAAAAGAGUGAGACCGUCGAGUGGGCGUCAUGGACAACCUAGACCAACAUAGGGCGCUCCUUCUGGGUCUGGUGGAGGUGAUUAAACCCGUGACACCCCUGGACGGAGACGCCCGAACAAGGGUGUUUGCCAUGUGCCACACUGCCUCUACAGAGGGUCGCGUAGAGGACACGAGUUGGCUGGGUCGACUGGAGCGGGGACUAAUGGGUGUGGAGGUCAUCAUAGACCAGAAAAAUCUACUCGUGACCAGCAACGAGGUCUUGGUCAGUCGAUUCAAUCUGGAGGAUGGAUGCGCCAUCGUGGCAAGUGCGGAGAGCUGAGGGCCAUCUGGUAUUGGUUGGCCUCUGCCAAGUGAAGAGAGUGCGACUCGCUGUGGUGCUCGACAUGAUGUCAGGAGAGGAUUCUCAGCAACUGCAGGAUGAAGUGAGUCAAAGGUUGUCUCAGCUCGGAUCACUUUGCUCCCGACCCUCGGCGCCUCAAAGCACAAUACAUUCUGGGCUGAUAUCCAAAUUCUUACCCUUCACUGCUGCAUCAGAUGCUCAGCGCGGACCAGGCACUAACAGCACACAGCAUGUCAACAGAACAGGUGUACAUAAUUCGGCCUCACUCUUGCGCCCUGACACACCGUCCGCACGUGUGGUAGUCCAGCCUGUUUCCCGUCCACCUCCCAUCUCCGUCAAACCUGUCCUUCCCAGGGCACCUACUCCUGUAGUUCCACUGCGCAGGAGACCCCCAUUGGUCAGAAUGCCCACCACUUCUAAGCUUAUGACCACCCCGCUGUGUUUGGUAUCUCGUUCACCGUUCUCACUCGUAUCUACUAGACCAACGUCCAUUUUGAACAUAUCUACCCCAUCUGCUGUUGCUAAUGCAUCUGCAUCUUCUCCAGUGGUUUCUACCCCACGACCAACAUCCGUAGCCAAGGUAUUCACUCCGCAGCUUUCCACCCAGACAGUGUCCACUCCAAUAGUGUCCGCCCUGCCUCUGUCCACUGUGACAGUGUCCACCCAGCCCGUUUCCACAGUGACAAUGUCUAACCGAACAAUGACCACCUCGAAGGUGUCCACCCGACCAUUGCCACUCCCUAAAACAUUCACCCAGUUGGCAUCCAUUCCAUCUGUAUCCAGCUCAAAGGCGGCUAAAAGACCCGUGUUCACUUCAAAAUAUUCCAUCCGACCCCUGACGAUCCCUAAGAUCUUUACCCCUUUGGCGUCAAUUGCGGCGGAGUCUCACACGCCGGUGUCCACGUCAGCGGUGUCCUCUGCAGUAUUUUCGUCCUCACCAACAGUGGCUACAACAGCGUCCACCUCGGCGACAUCCACUUCCUUAGCGGCCACGUCUAGGGUAACCAUCACGUUGGUGUCCACAACAGUGGUAGCUUCUAAGCCAGUCAAUGUGUGUGUAUCUCUGCCAUCUGUUUCCAAUAUUAUCUCCUCAUCUGUUCAAAAUCGUCGGCCAUCAAUAGCAUCCUCAGCCAGCCAAGAUGAGGAAUCUAAUGAUAAUGAGAAAGCUGACCUGCAUCUUGGAGCAUUGAAAAUGGAAGAGUCUGAGUACUUAUACAUACCUGACAAGGAACUUCCACAGGAGCAAGGUUCUUCCAAAAGUCUGGAGCAAGAGUUAACUAGUUUAUUGGAGAAUGAGCGCCAAUAUCUGGACACUCUUCAGAGAGUUAUAGAAGCAAGGGAAACAUUAACAUCUGAACUGCAAGAUCUCCUCAGGGGAUAUGACAUCUUGUUCAACUUUCAUGAUGACAUGUACCAAAACCUGUGUCAGGAGUUUCCAUCCAGCUCUGGGAUAGCAUGGGUGUUUCUCUCCCAUAAGGAGGAGCUUGACCAGUAUCGGUAUUGUAUCAUGAAUGCUCCGAAGGUUGCAUCCCAGUUGGAGCAACAGACAGAGGAGAUUCUGAAGCAACAUCCUACACUAGAGCUAGACAUCAAAUCUUCAUGGAAGAGGAUACAUUUUUACUUCAUGACUUUUGAGAAAAUAGCAAAAAUUGUCCCUGUCGAUGAACAGGAUUUGGUACAGAAAGUAGUGGAUCUGCUUCGAGAAAUAUAUCGGCAGGGAGACUCUGGGAUUCUGAUUGACGCUGUUAACGGGGCACCGUUCAGCCUGCACACACUAGGCACACUGGUCCUUCAUAACCUCUUUACCAUCAAAGACCCUUCUGGCAUGCUAGGUAACAAAACAAAAUAUAAUGUGUUACUCUUCGAGGAGAUGAUAGUGAUAGUUUUACCUAAAAAAGAAAAAUAUCAGUAUAAAGAUCAUUUUCCCCUCAGGCAAUUAAAUCUCAUUGCUCAAUCGGACAGUGACAAGGAAACGUUUAUACUGGAGUUAGUGCAGGGAGGCAACAAGAAAAACAGGAAAUACACUUUCCGGCCCCGCCAACCGGAAGCCAAAGCUGCCUGGGUAACAGAGAUCAGUCGCCUUCACUUGAAGUAUGAAAAUGAAGUCGAGCGUCUCCGCAAACUUCGCUCUGGAUAUCAUUGACAUCUACCACAAAUACAGUGUAGACUGAAAAAAAAAAAAAGUCCUGUAAAGCAUCGAUAAGAGUUUUGCUUAUGUUAUCAGUAAGGAUCUGUAAAGAACUGAAAUCUUCUCUGGUCACGACAAGUCACGUGUCAAUGAAGACAGCAUCAUAUCACUACGAUGCGACUCGCAUCCAAUGAUCAUUCUCUUGCCUCGUGCUAUUUCUCCAUAUUCAUAUUAUCUUAUGAUCUUUUAUCAGGCUUCAAGUAACUACCUUCACACCCUCUAAUGUUUUUGUUCUUGUAUCUUACCUUUCAGUACUUUUUACUAUAUUACCACUAUUUUUCACUAUCUGCAUUUCUUGUGCUAUGUAAUUUACUGCGAUGGACUAUUCUCACUCCUCCUAGACUCUCAAGUAGUCUCUUUCUUUCUCUGUCACACUCUUUAUCCCCUCUUAAUCGCCUCCAUCAUCACAAUCUGUGUCAUUAUUUCUACAACAAUGCAGGUGAAUUUCUUGUCCCCAUCAUUAUCUACUCUUAUCUGUCCUUUUUUGUUCGUUUCUUUCUCUCAAAUACGCUAAUUUUAUAAUGCACUCAGUAGUCUUUCAGUUUCAUGUAUGAUCUUAUACUGACUGUUCUUAUCUCAGUGUCUGUGAAUGUGUCUAAAGUUGCACAGGUUUUGAAUCGAGCGUUACAUUGUGUCGCAAUAUUUAUUUUCUGUAUAUUCAAACUAUUACUUGAAAAUAUCAAAACUAUGUGUCCUGAAUUGGGUCUGAUAAAUGUUUAUCUUAAGAUCAAAUAUAAGCUCAAUAAUAUUUUUCUUAGACGAUAAUCAUACUUUUCAUUAUGUAUUUACAUGAAUUUUCUUAGUAUACAUUUCAAAUGUUUUUCUUUUAUGAUUGAUAUGUCAGAAAUUAACUUAUCGUGUUCUGUCAUUAUUGUGUCGCGUAAAACUGAGUCCAUAUUACGAAUUCCUUUGCAAUCCCUCCCAUAAGGUGUGUCUUCAAAAACCACACUGACAAUCGAGUUAUUAUGUUUGGUUUUCUAUUAGCGAUGCAAAAUUUUUGUUAAAAUAUUUGUAAGAUCAUGAGAACAUCCUUGUAAAUUUCAGUAAUUGAAACUAGAGUCUAUUUAAAAGAACUGAAAGAUGGUUGAGAAUCACAAUGGUGUCUGUGUCUCAUUAAUCAUGCAGCCUUCUUUACUGUACUAAUUCCAUACGAUGGAUAAACACACACACACACACACACACACACACACACACACACACACACACACACACACACACACACACACACACACACACACAUACACACAUAUGUUAUGCUUUAUUGUCUUUUUUUCACUUCGAUGUCUCACGGGAAGACACGUAAAGAGGCGAUUUUUAAGUAUCACAUUUGAUAUUAUGGCUGAUAUUAGAUUUUUUUUUUAUCUACAAAGGAAAUGAGCGUGAGGGGCAUAUAAAAAUUUGACCUUUUUGUACUCUCCUUUCAAUGUCUGUUUUGUUUUUGGGUGUUUUUGAUGCUUGAUUUUACUGAAAACUAUUUUUCCUUCACUGGAUAUGCGAUUUAUUGAUUAUCAUUCAAAAAGGUAAAUAUGUUAUUGUAUUAUGAUAAAGAUUUUCAUUAGAAA